AUGAGGAAUCUGGACAUUUUGGAUGCGUCCGGGUUCGUGUGGAUGGUGGGGGGUGUGAAAUCGGCUUCGGAAUGGUGGAAGAAAAUCAACGGUUCCGAGCAUUGGCAGGACGGGAUCUUCUACUCCCUCUGCGCUGCCUACGCUCUUGUGUCCACUGUUGCGCUGGUAAUUUCCUUUCACCCACACUCUCCCUCCCUCUCUUCUAGUUAUCAACUUCAGGUGUUUUCUAUGCGCGCGCGUGUGGUUGUCCUGUGAUUGAUUUUAGAGUUUUCUGUGGUUUAACCGGCUUGUUCGGAAGAGCUCGGAAAGUUUUCCGCCGAACAUUGACGUGUCUUCUUAUCUUUGAAAUGCAUAAAUUGUACUGUUGGGCUAUCAGUGUUUCUUGCCCAUGCUUUUGCAUUUUUUUGACUUUUUAUCCAAGAGAUCAAAUAAGGACAAUGGCGAUGGCUUAGUUGAAGCGUUGUUUGUCUUGUGUGCUAUUUGAAAAAUUCCCAUCUGUCUUGUAUUUCUUAUUUGUGACUGCUGGAUUUAGAGGAUUUAAUUGUUCCUCUUUUUGUUUGGAUUUUGCUGUGCCUUCGUACUAAGUUUCCAUCUGUUUAAGCUCCUCUAUUCUGCUUACUUCGAGGCUGUAAAAUUUCAAGACAUCAUGCAGCAAAAUCAGGCGUUAGCUUCCAUAUUGUGCUUUCAAUAGAUGACCAUUGUGGUCUUUGAACUGAGUAAAAACUCACUCGUGACAUUAAACGAAUACAACAGCAUGGCGAGCAUGAUUACAGUAGCCCAUUUUCGAAAGAACAACUCCGUUCCUGCAUUUGGGUUGAUUGAAAAUCAUGUUUCUUAUGAAAUUUUCUUCCACGUGGAUUGUGCACUGAGGACAAUUUUCUAGGCAACUUCAAUUCAUUGUGUGGUGGGAAUGUAGCUGUGGAUGAAGCCUUCCAUGAUGCAUUAUAUUAUGGAUAAAUUUUAUGUCCUGUUUUUCUUAAAUUCUAAAAUUAUAGCCGAGUUCAAUUCAAUAUAUAUUUGCAAGCACCUGCCAUCAUAGCUAAGAAGUGAAGUUUCUGCUUGGAAAAUAGAUCAGCAAGUUUAUUUUUUGCUCGAGACUUGAGAAACUAGAAGGGCAAUGCAUUGGUUACAAUCAGGGAGGUCCUAUUAUCUUUCAAUGCAUACGUAACGUGCUUAGUCCCUUGGUCAGCUAAAUCUAAUCAUAAUAGUGAUGGAUGGUUUGACAUACACGGGAGAAGACAGUUAGAGAAAAAACCUAUGAAUCAUCUGCUUUCCUUUUCACUGAAAGGCAUGUUUGACAGAAUCAGUUCAAAUCAUUGUUCAUACCUUGUUUCUUGAUUGCUGAUUUUGUUUGGGAUACUAGUUUUAUUAAUGGUGGUUUAGUUAGGGAAUCACCAGGAAUGUAUAUAUAAUUUUAAUUGAUAAGCAAUAAAGACUAUGGGAAGAGUCUCAAACUCUUGAAGCCAAUAGAUGAUCUAGAUGAGUCUUGCCCUUAGAUAUUUUGUCGCUCAAUCAAGGGACAGUGAUGUAAGGAAACCUGGUCAAACUGUUCAUGCCGCUUUAACUUGUAAUAAUCACUGUCAUAUGGAACCUCCUCAAUGAUUAAGCCCAUAUCAUUUAUGUGCCCUGAAAAGCGUUAUUGAAGACAGGUCAAAUGAAAAGGUAUUCAAAUCAAUAAUACAAAAAAAUUUUGUGGAACGUGCUUUUGUCAGCUAUACUGGGUUUUGGGCCAAGAUGAAUACAUAGAGAUUCUUUAGGAAAAUUUUCUAAACCGAUCAAUUUGAUGCCUAGAAUGGCGAAUCUCCUGGAUGGUGGAUUCUUGGUUUCAGGUAAAAGUGGAAGUGAUCUGGAUCUAUGAUAAUAUACAGCUUCAUGGAUGAUAGCCUCCCAUUUAGGAUAGUCUCUUGCAUUUAUCCGUCAACUUCCUGAAGAUGUGGAUCAGUAAGAAUCAUUUGGGAUACAUUGUGUUUUUGUUUUGUGGGUAUAGUGGUUUGGUAGUGCAUUGAACAAUAUAUGCUCUAUGACUUAUUUAUGUUGACGAAUUUUACGUGAAACAGGUCCUUGAAAAACGAUUUGUGCCUAUGACGUAAGAUGCAUACAUUUGACUUCGGAAUAAGAAUGUGAUGAGCUCAAUCCUAGCAUUUAGAUAUCAAUAUACCUUUGGGUUGUUUCUGUGAAGUGAACGUUUUUUAUCACGAAUUUGUGGCAUGGUCCAGGUGUCGUGAAUUUUAGGCAUGCAUGUGAUCAUCAAGGUUUUCUCGCCAGCUAUCAACCUUGUUAUGCAUGCUAUGGCCUUCUUCCAUGUAAUAGGGUGUGCCACAUUAACAUAUUAAUGUUGCUCUCUUCAAUUCUGAUAAUGUUUGUCAAUGAUAGAACUAGCAUAUCGUAAAUUGGAAUUCCAAGACGAAGUUUCUAUUAAUAUCUGGUCUCUUCCCUUUCUUGUGGUAAACCGUUAUUCAAGCGUAUUUUUUUGUGGUUCACAGAUUCAAUUAAUUAGGAUUCAGUUGCGGGUACCCGAAUAUGGUUGGACCACACAGAAGGUUUUCCAUUUAAUGAACUUUAUUGUUAAUGGAGGUAUUUCCACUGCAUAGCUUGUGCUUUAAUUUUAUUUCUGUUUGGUAUAUUUAACAUUGAGUUGUCUUCUGACUUCAGUUCGUGCCAUUGUCUUUGGAUUUCAUAAGCAUGUGUUCCUUCUGAAGCCAAAGGUUAGCUUCUCGCUUAGCCUGGUUAUCCAGCAAAACUUCAUAGUAUGAAAGUAAAGAAUGCACUUCGUUUUUUCACGUCUUAUUCAACAUUCUGAAACUACUUUUUAUGAAUAUGUAUGGAAAAGGUACGUUUCUAAUGGAUGAAUCCUGACUACUUUUGAAAUCUUAUAUGGUAUAUUAAUGCUGAAAUCCACCUAAUCUUUUUCUUAAGUUCCUCACCUCAGAACUUCCACUGCAAGUGAUUUUAAUUUUCAGGUUCUGGAUGCCUGUCUCGGAAGUUUUUGAUGCAUGUGCUUCGAUAAAGGGACUUUUCUCUGGCAGAUAACAUAGUAGAUUUUCAAUUUCGAAACCUAUACGACUAGAUCAAGUCUCCUUUUCUUUUGCAGGGAUGAGAGGGUAUAGGGUAUAGAACAUUAGUAUUUGGAAUGUUACCUGUCACUAUGCUCUCUUUGAAAAUAUUAUCUUGAAUCAUGUAAGAUGAAGAAAAAUUGAAGUGUGUGAGGCUCAGUCCAUGAUCUACAUCUUAGGAAUCUGUUAUUGACUAAAGGAAUAAGAUUGCAUGUUCUUGUACCCUAUAUGUGCCAGCGCUUCUGCUGUAAUUGAAGCAUAUUCAUUUGAAGAAUCAAUGUAGAUUAUCAUGCAAGAAACUGCGGUGGUUUCUAUUGUGCUUCCGGUUUGCCUCCUUAUUUUGGACUAAAGUAUGUCCCAACAGAUCUCUUAAUGUGUCGUUUGAGGCCUGCAGUCCCAUAGUUUUGAUUUUUAGAUGUACCUAGUGUUGAUGAACACAUGAUCAUGCUCACAUAAUAGAUGUGCUUGGGGUCUGCUGCCUUGCAGCGAUUCAGAAGAAAUCAUACAAGUCAGAAUAAAUGGUAUGUAUUUUUUGAUUGAUCAGACCUCUGUGGUAGUGAUUUGAUGCGAUAUGUGGUUUAAAUUAUUGCUGUGAAUUGAAAAGUACUUUCUGAUUGGAAAACAAUGUCACACCAAAUAAGGAGAAAAAAGCAUGGCGGGAAUUGAUUAAUAUCCUUUUUAGAGGAUAGUUGAUGCAAUCAGAGGGGGGAGAAAACGGAAGGGAAAGAAGAUGAAGAAAAAAAGGGGAGGAGGAAGCAAGAAGUGUCAUUAGCACCUUCUUGUUUCUGUUGACAAUAAUGCUUCAUCCUCCUCUAGCCCUGUCGGUCUAACAAUUUCUGCCACUUCUACAUGCUAGACAUGGCAUUGCUUUUCCAUGCCUUUCCUUUUCUCCUUACAUUACAAAGUCCCAGGAAGCAAAAAAGUAGUUGAGAGUGGGAAGGUCAAAUGGAGAGUGGUAUGUAUUUGUUGACUUGUCUGUUUUCUAUAUUUCAAUUCUUUAAUGCACCAAUCUGACCCAUGUUAGCUGGUUAAGUCAAUCCAAGUCAUAGUGAUAUGUAUUGGUGUUUAAAGGCACUAAUAAGUUCUCACAUUAAUCCAUAAAAGCUUGGCUUUCCACUUCGUGACCUGAGUUAUCUGAUGAGAGAUGAUCUGUCAUCUGAGUGAGAUUUUGACAUAAAGCUGGGCAUGCUACUUUUCCUGUCAUAGACUUGCAUCUCAUCUCACUACUGUCGGAAUUACCGGAAGACAGGAAUAUAAACAUGGCCUAAUUCAUUUUGUGGUCUUUGCUGCGUAAUUCACUGCCUUUAUGUCAGAGUUUCAUUUAUAAUGCAAUUUAUGAGCAUUUUCUUUGUCAUAGCCAUAGUGUGAGAUUGUUGUCAUGUUGGUCUACUUGGUCCAUUUUUCAUUCUUUUAUCACAUGAUGUGCUGAUUUGAAGCAAUCCUGGGAUGCUGCUUCGUUAAUCUGUUCAUAUUUUCGAGGUCUUCAUUUCAUUUGACUCCUCAUUUGUGCUCUGUUACAUGGUGGAGAGUACAAAAAAUGAGUAACGAUGAUUGUUGUACAAUAAUUGGCUCUUUUCUAUUCACUACUCGGUUCAUUGGUUAGAAUGAUCUCACCCAUAGAUAUGCCAAUUCAAUGCUCAAGACAAUAUGCAAACUUUUGUUUGGCAUCACCACCUGUUAUGUACUGAGGGUCAUCGUUCUUUCACCAUCUUUACUCUUUGUGUUGGCCAGAGAGAUAUUCCUUUUCUGCCAUAAUCUGAUCCUUCAUUGGUGUGCCAUUAUGGAUUAAGGCUGUGAUUUUUCUUGAACUAUUUGCUGUCAGCAUGCCUCUACAUGACCUGAGUUACCGAUUGAACUUGAUCUGUAGCUUCAUUGGAUUCCAAAUUACACCUCAUGAUGAGUUGUUUGCGGGUGCAGCCUUAUUGUAUGAUCCACUGUGAGUUUAAAGGACGGAGGAUGCUAUAAAGAUAAAUUCACCGAGUGUCUUCAUUAUUUUUUAACACCAAAGAUAAUAGUUGUGAUUAACCACAAACAAUUUCAGUCGGAUGCAGAGACCUCUAACCUGUAUCUCAUGGCCACGUAAACAUUUCUGUGGAAAAUCAUAUAAUGGUUAUUUUCCUGUCAAUUAGAUAAUCUUUUCAGCAAGCAGGUUAUGGAUCAUCACUAUUAUGUGAACCAACUUCAGGAUGAGAUGAUUUAACGCAAUUAAUUGUAAAUACACUAAUCUAUAGUAGUGAUGGUUGUUUCAUUCAUUUGGUAAGAGCUCAAGCGGGCCUUAUGGUUGUUUAGUUGUAUUUAUAGAAAUUCAUCCCGGUAGGUUUGGCUUCUUUCUUUGGGUCACUGAUGAUUCUUCAUUGCUGUGAAGUAAUCAUAAAUUUCAGAAGAUUGAGUGUUCAAUUUUUUUCAAAAAUUAUUUUUUUGGGUUAUUGUCAUGAGUGUGCAUCUUAUGCAGUUGUUCAGCUUUCCUGUGUUUGGCUGCUCCUCUUCCAUUUUGUGGCUUCCUUGAAUUUCAAUUUUCCAUGAUUUUUGACGAGGUGGUUGCCAGAACAACAGUUGUUGAGACAAACAAUACAAAAGUAAUUAGGUCUGUAAUUCUUUGAAUGAGACCUUUUUCUAUGUUUGGCUGUUUUCCAGCUAAUCAAAACUAUACUUGUCAAUGAGAAAAUAAGUUUUACUACAGAAGUCUUCUUUUAUAUUGAAAUAUUCCAAAUCUUCAUGGGAAGAAAUGUUUCUGACUGUUGCCAGUGUGUGGUUUUUGGUCUUUUAAUGACUUGAAUAUGUAGAAUAUUUGAAAUGUCGUGGCUUGUCCGAUACAAUACCCAUUAUCGUGAAAGGCUGAUCAUGAGUCGCUUCUUCUUUCAAUUAGGUGUUGACUUUGGUAUUGCUGGACCUCCCUGGAAUCCUUUUUUUCUCCACAUACACUCUCCUUGUACUGUUUUGGGCGGAAAUAUAUCAUCAGGUAAGUUUUCUCCACUAUUCCUGCUUGCUUCUAGUUAUUAGAAUGAUGCAUCUCUAUUCUGUUUGCGCAUGAGAUUGUAUACCUUACUAACCGAUAAGGAACCAUGUCUUAAACAUCUUCUGUUUUUUAACUUUUUACCAGGCAAGAAGUCUUCCUACAGACAAACUGAGAAUCGUGUACAUUUCAACUAAUGCUGCAGUAUAUUUGAUUCAGGUGACUUCUUGUUCAAUAGAAUCUUUUGACCUGCUAAUUAAACUUUUUUCCCGCACCCUUAAUAAUUAAUUUUCUAAAAAUGGAUUGCAUGGCUAUUAAAAUUAUAAUAAUUUUUUAUAUUUUUUUUCCUCCUAUGAGCAUAGAUCUGUGUCGGAGGUUGAAGGUCGAUGCUGCUAUUAUGGUUGUAACCACAGAUAGAUAAUCAUAGGGUCUCUGCCUGACACACAUUAAUAAUCACCAACGGUAGGACACGUUUAAUGAAUUGUUUAAAGUAUGAUGAGAUACUAUGAUCGUAGUGGGGGCUAAAACAAUUUUCUUUUGUCAACUAUAAAGUCUCCAUUUUAAAUCUCUUUUAGUUUCUUCAUUUUCUUAUUGUUAUGUACUCUUAAAAUUCGUCACAACAUCCUGAUUUAUGGAUUGAAUUGGCUGAUUAAUUUGACGUGAUUCCAAUCUAAAUCAGAUUUGUCCCAACAAAUCUUGAGAAUUCUUGUAUGGUGCUUGCAAGGUAUCCAGAUAAAUUCAUUCUACAUCUGAUGCAAAUAAAUAGAAUGAAGCCUUUCUAUGCUUAUGCUCCGUUCAAGCAAAUGAUCGAAUUGAUUGAGCUAACUGAUUUUUCUUGUCGAGCUAGAUACUCUGUCCUAAGAAUAUCAGGAGAUAUGGUUAAAUUUAUUGGAUGCUUUUAAUUUCUGGACAUGGACUUAAUCAAGUAUGAUUGGCUUUAUAGUUCUGGUGAAUGUGCCAUUGCCUGAUGCAGAGUUGACUUGGCCAUUCCCUUAUUGCUUUGUCUCCAUGCUAAAUCUAUCUUGCGGAUCGGCAAGUUCGAAACUGAGAAAAUUAGUUUUUAUCAAAGGAAAUGUCUUCUUACUUUGGAGCCACUGAGAGCUAGCUUAAAAGUGAUGUGAUGCGUGUUAAUUUUGACAUUUUCUGUAGGAUAGUGAUCAAUAGAUACAGUGGAGAACAUCAUCAAGUUUAAUAAAUGGUUUGCUAACCGAAAUUGUAUUGAAAACAGGUUGUGAAGUGUCAGUGCCGCUGCUUCUACGUACUCAUCUACUAGGUGCCACAACUCAAGCUCCAUAAGGAAGCAACAGUCACCAGCUACAAUAAAGUAUGGGGGAAACAUAAUUUCUGAGACUUCAGUAAGGAUUAUCAAGAGAGGAGGGCAGAAUAGAGGAGGUCCAGGGCAAUCAGCGACCCUGGCCUGGUGGAGGUAGGACCUAGAGGCUGCAAGACAUGCCAAUAAUUUGGCGCACAGUCACAGCCUAGCGUGCCAUAACCACCGUGGUCAAGGGUUAGAUAGAUGAGAUAGCCUUACACUCUGGUACUGCAGACCCUGGCCCAAGUGCAGUUGAAGGGAAAGCGGGUCUAUUGAGGAAAAUCCAGACAAAUUGGAUCUGAUAUAAUGACCUGAAAUGUUCCCAAAAUUGAUAGCUGCUCCAAACUCAUGAUGUAAUUUAUGAACUCUUGAACUAGUCUCAGUUCUCCACAUGCUUUCCGAGGUCUAAGGAUAUUCAUCACUGAGGGUUCAAGAUCAAAGUAGGCUGAGGACGCAACAUGCUGUGAAAAUGAUCAACAUGCUGAUUAGAGUGAGAUGCUGUAUCACCAGAACUACAAAGGAUAAUUGGAUAGCUAGUGAUGCAGGAUCUUCUUUUCUGCUGGAGUGAUGGGAGGAAGCUCUCUCCCCUUGUGCGAAUAUUUACGACCUAGUUGCACGUUCUUCGGUAAAUCCUUCCUCUACCCCUCUGUCUAUUAUCCCACCACACCCUAACCUCGACAAACCCAGUUCUGGUCUGUGUAUACAAAAUUUCAAAAUGGAAUCUGAAGAGGUGGGACAAUUGGCGAUUGGAGGGAAUUCUAGGAACAAUUGAUAGUAGUGCAGAAAUAACUGAUAGUAGAGUAUCACUUCGGAUUAGUGCUUGGUGUUGGUGUUGUCACUGGCAGUAAUGAGGCUGAAGUAGGGAUUUGAAUUGGGAGGAAGUAGUCCAAUUUGCAAAAAGCACGCAGGUAUUAUUAGGCCAUGGUAGAUGUGGUCAAGCCAUUUCUGUGCGAAAUGUGCCAAAUAGAAGCUCUGUAGAGUAGUUCGGAAUCUGCAUGUGUGUGGAAAAAGAGCUAGAGGGAGGUGAAAUUCUUCGUUGUCUCUUUAACCUUCUGUGUUCUACAUCGAUCUUCUCUCCUCUUCAUCACCUCGUAGAGGUUGUAGGAGGGUUUCAUUCCUAACUGACUAUUCCUUCAUGAGCUCCACAGCGCUAAAGAAAAACUUAAAGUUGAAUGGUGGUCGGAAGAAAUCUUAGCUGUGGGGAAUUCUCUUGCAAAAGGUGAAAUCCCACGAGUAGGAAUGAGAGCUAUGUAAGUUAGUUUGGUGGAUCGGGAGCAAUGGAAUGAUAUACGUAAUUGAUGCCACACGCUAAAAAUUUAUGAUGAAAGAAAAAUUGGUCUGUGAUCUAAACUAAAUGAAAGAAAACAUGUAAUAUUCGUCAUUGGCUUCAACACAAGUCAAUCAGAAGAAAUGAGAGAACUGUAUGAAUUAAUUCGUUCAAGCUAUUGGGUCUUUUUCUUUUAUUUUGAACUAUAUUUUUUUCAUUUCUUUAAUAACUAACUUUAAUGGUGGUAAAACAAAGAUUUUCAUGGGAUUCUUAUUUUACAAACAAAUUAUGUCAAUUUCUUGUUGCUCUUGCGGACACAUGCUGAUAACGAGAUUUUUGGCGCUGUCAGGUUUGCAUUUGGGUUGUCAUUUGGAUACAUGAUAAUGACCUUGUGGAGAUACUUGGGAAUGUCUUUGUAGCAGGUCAAGAUAACACUGAUAUCAAGACUUUCCUUUGCUCAAGCUUUUUCUUUCUGCUCCCUGUACUGAACCAUGCCUGAUUUUCCUCCAAUGUUUUCUUCAGCGGUGUCAUUUGUAGCGGCCUUGGGUUUCCUUCUAUAUGGUGGAAGGUGAAAUCUUCUUUUCACUGAAUGCAUUGCUUCGAGGGGAAUCGUACCUGAAAAUUAUCUUAUGAUGCUACUGUUUUUGCUUCCUGCGUCAUAUGUUUAUUUCUCAACCAAGAUGCUGUUAACAGGCUAUUCUGCAUGCUGAGGCGUUUCCCAAUUGAGUCAAAAGGGCGACGGAAAAAACUUCAUGAGGUUUGCUCUUGUACUUGCUUGAGACCAGAUAAACUAAGCCAUUUACAUCUGCUACUUCAUCUACAGAGACAAGUUCAAGUGUUCAAUUUACGCAAUGAACUGAACUGGAUCCGUCUGAAAAUCCUACUAUAACUUUGUAUCAUCAUUGUAACCUUACGUUUCAUUGAUGGAAACAACUAUCAACUAGCUUCCCAGACAAUUGAAAAAAAUAUGGAUUGCCAUCAUGAGAUUCCACGUACUACUCACUGGCAUUCACCAUCUGCCACUAGACUUCUUCUUGCUUCUUGAAUCUGUUGUAGGAUUUAUGUGACACAGACUCAGUGAGUGGAUUGGCAGACCUAGACUCAGUACAUAGUGAAAUAAUUUAGGGUUGUUGAGAUCAUGACGCAAAGCUGUUGGAGCACUCAUGCUGAGCGAGUUGUGGAUAUUGCCACUAGCAGAAAUGAUGAAUGCCAAAACUUAGUAUAAUGUUGCUUCUCUUUGGCUCAUUUAUUCUUAGUUGGUAUUUGAAAUUCCCAUUUAUUCUUCAGUAAUCGUCAUGUUGCCUGAAAUGUUAUUUCGAUGUUGAUUUCAAGGGGGCCAAUUGUUUUUAUAGAUGCUCGCGAAUGGACUGAAAUCAUUUUUUUAUUUUUAUUUUUUGCAUGCAUGGAAUUCGAAACACUUGUUUGAAUUAGGACUAUCUGAGACAGAUUUCUUAUGGAGAUUUAACGAUUUCUUGGAUGCAGGUUGGGUCUGUUACAGGGAUUUGCUUCACCUGCUUUCUCAUAAGGUGCUUCGUGGUGAGUAUUUUAUACUGUCAGAUGGAAGAUUACAUAUGACUUAAGGAGAGCUCUGCAUCCUUAACAAAUCACACUUCUGGAAAUUACAUGAUAAAAAACAAGUAAAAAAGGAAAACUGAGUUAAGUUCUUAAUACAAAUGGCCUCUGAGACAUUUCUGAAAGAAGAUUGACUUAAGAUGACGCACUCUGGGUAUUUGCCUGGAAGAGAUCGUCAUGCGUAGAAACCCAUAACAAACUUUGUGGGAAAAGAAAAAUACUUGCACGCAUACAAAAAUAAAACAAAGAAUACGAUCAAGUGAUGAAAAUUCCCAUAAUACCUAGUAAUUACAUGCCGAAGUGGGAAAGAAAGAGAGUGAAGUGUGUGCAUUUAACAUCCUAGAAAGAAUGAAAUCUGGACAAAACUCGGAGAGCCCAUGCACAUGAUUACAAGAAAGGAAAUUGAAUAAGAUAUAGCUCGUAGUUCUGAGUCCUUUCUUUUCCCAAUACUUUCUGUCGCCAGCCAGUGAAUUUUUAGUGAACACAGUUGAAAGAACUCCUAAUGAAAGUAGUACCAGCAUCACUUGAUUGUAACAGAGGUAACAGAGCCUGCAUCAAUCGCUUGUUUCAUGGAAAUGGUUUAGAAGGAUAGGUGAAGCAGCUCCUUAGUUUAAAGGUAAUUCCAACUGUUGCGAUCACACUCCCAUCAUUGGUCACCAGACAUUUCUUCGGAACCCGUACUCCCUAUUUUCCCCACUUACUACCUAUUGCCCAAUGCUGAUAGUUCUGGUUUCUUUCCCCUCUCCUGUUCUAGUUCAGUCGUUCCACUUUAGGAAGAAGACAAACAGAGGAAAAUAUGUGGAGGCGAUGCCAGAAGCAGGCCCUGAAAACACAUUUACGAAGCAUGGAUGAAUCUAGUGGGAAUUUACCGUUUAUAGCAAGAAUAUAGAGUUCUCAGCAGCAGCCUUAGUCCCACUGGACUGCAUUGUCUCCCUCUUUGGCAGCUGCAGCUCCCCACUUCCAUCCUCACACACGAGGAUGGAAACUACGAUGGGAAAGACUAAGAUUGGCCCUGUAUCUGUAGCAGUGAGCUCCUGAACCCAAUGGGAUAUAAUUAUCCUGAAAUGGUCAGUCCUCUUCUAAAACCAACUCCAUAACUGGGUCUUGCAUAAAUCUCCAUAAUGCUUGCCAGUUUUCUAUUAAAUGUCCUACCUACUUUAGUUUCUUCGACAUUCUGAAUCAUAGCUUGGCAGAGUAUGGGUUUUCCAUACAUAAACGGACCUCAACAGACUCUCUCUGUGUGCAUGGUAUGCCUUCAAUGUGUUCUAUGUUUGUAUUGAUUUCUCUUGAGCUUAGUCCUCCUACUCUGCUGCAGAAGAGAAAAGCACCAUCUUUCUUAGGAAUGCACAUGCCUUGAGAGUUGAUGUUGGGGAUCCAUCUUACUGACCUGAAUGCGACACAAUCAAACCCAGUGACCUCCAAACCUGUUCCCUCAUAAAUUUUAAGAACCCUAAAUGUCUGACUUGAUCAGGCGUGCGGAAUCACUGCCUGCUGAUGCGUCCCAACUCUACUCAAUAUCUGUCUGUUACCACAGGCUACUUUCAUUCUCUCAUCUUGUUUUUCUCUGCUGCUUGUGUCAGGUCGGAGUUUCUGCAUUUGAUUCCAACGCAUCUCUUGAUGUCCUGUAUCAUCCAAUACUGAACCUCGUCUAUUACACGGUAAGUUCUCAUCAUGCUGGUCGCUGACUUCAAAUCAAUCUGCAGUCUCUGCGUUGACUUUUCUCAUUUCUGAUACUCCAUGGCAGCUGACUGAGAUUGUUCCCUCGGCCCUCGUCCUAUAUAUACUGCGGAAGCUACCGCCUAAGAGAGUAUCAGCUCAGUACCACCCUAUCCGAUAA